GAAGGUUUUUUUCUGAGACAUUUUGCUCCACAGGGAGAGAAGGGCGGAGGUCUUUUCGUUAUCAGCGACUCAAACCGCCUCAUGUUCGUCGGUUUUUACUGACCUGCCUGAAAAGAUUUCGACGAGUGAGUUUUUAUUGAUGUGAUCAUCGAUACUCUGUCAGUCCUGUAUUGAUCAGUGGACAUGGGUCGGUCUGUGGUUUACGGAGUGCUUCUGCUGCUGGUGGUGGUGGCUAACGUUAGCUUCUGUCAGGCUCAGACUGUGGAGAAGUACAUCAAGGUUGGUGAAACACUUCAGCUCAGCCCUCAGCCGGUCUCUGCAGAGAUCACCAGCAUCCUGUGGAAAUACGACAAGUAUCUGCUGGCUGAGUGGGUGAAAGACGCGAUUGAUCUGACAUAUUACAGCAAGUUUAAAGUCCGAACAACUCUGAACACGACCACAGGAGUGUUGGAGAUCAGGAACAUGACUGCGGCGGACACUGGACUGUAUUCAGUGGAGAUCAACAACCAGGUCCAGAGUCAGGUUUAUCAGACUGUGGAGAUCGAAGAUGUGCCCCAGCCUGAGGUGAUUCUGCAGCCGCUGGCGUGUGAUCGAUCGUCGACAUGUGGACUGAAAUGUUACGGAGACAUUACAAAUGCCGGGCCUGUCACCUACUCCUGGAAGAAGGACGAUGGAGAGUGGGAAGAGGGACAAGACAGAAGGGAUCUCAGCAAACUGGAAAAGGACAGCGUGAAAACUUUCACCUGCAGGAUGAAAAACCCAGUGAGCCAGAAAGAGAGCAAACCCUUCCAAAAUCCCUUCCACCAGGAGAAACCGCCAGAACCAGAAUCAGAAUAAGCAGCGGCUGUUUUCUACAGAAUCAAAGAAUCAGUUAAGACUUGGAUUGAUGUUAAUUUUCCAGCAAUGUUCUCAACAGCCCCUGAACAAUGAAAACAGCCCGCCUGCGGAGAUCGUCUUCAAGCUCUCAGCUGUGUGUAUUAUAGAUUGCUGCUGCUGCUGCAACAGUAAUUCUUCCUAAAACAAAAGAAAAUGUUUUUUAUUUGAGGGGCUGCCUGUAUUAGCCUAUAAGAGCCCACACCCUUUGUACUGUCAGGAAAGCUAUGCGUCAAUGCCAUAGUCAAUGUUCGAACUUUAACAGAAACGUUCCUCGAUGUGUUAAGGUUAGGGUUAGGGUUAGAUCAUGGAUGUGUCCUCAACUCAUCGAGCAGGAAAACAACCCUGAAAUUUUCCCUGUUUUAAUCCAGAUUGGCAGAAUACAAAGAAGUAAUGAUAUCUUUACACCAAGGGCGUAGAUUUGGUUUUGGCAUUGGUGGGGACG